AAGGGCCUGUGGAAGCCUGCACGGCAGGACGGCCCGCGCACGCGGUCUGUGUCGGAGCCGGCGAAUCGCGAAUCCGGGGCCCGGUACUCCCUGCUUUUCUAGGGACUGUGUUACUUGAUGACCACAAUGAAAAAUAGGAGCCAAGAUGAUAUGGUGACGGGCACACUCCCCAAGCUCAAGAGCUCCAAAGAAUGGUUGGAACCACAGUCGCUUUCUUUUAUGGAGGCUUUAGCUAAAGAAGAUACUGAUGCAGCUGUUCAAUCAAUUUUAUAUAGAGAAAAUUAUAUAAUGAAGGAACUAGAUAAGUAUUUACAUCAUCAAGACUUCUUAAACACAAGAAGAAAAGAGAUGCUGUAUAAAAAGUGGGUUGAACGUGUGGCAGAUCCUCUCCAGAAGAAAAUUAUAGAAAAAGUUCAUUCACAUAAGAACAUUAAAAAGAGGAGACGUCAAGAAUUAGACAAUUUUUUGAAACAUUCAAAUAAGAAGGGAAAUGCAUUUAUAGAGCAUUAUGAUCCAAAAGAAUAUGAUCCUUUUUAUAUGAGCAAGGAGGACCCCAAUUUUCUGAAGGUUAUCAUGCCACCGUUUCGUGACCCCUUGAAAAAAGCCCAAUAUGACCAGGACGAUGAAAAAAGAACCCUUCUGCAGUGUGAGACUGGCAAAAUCUAUACAAUGAAAGAAUUUAAAGAGAUGGAGAAGGCCCAGUUGCAUUGCAGAUUCCCGAGUAUUUCUAACUCAAGGCAAAGUAUGACUGCAAAUGGAUGGCUUAGAGUGCCCAUGAGUUACAUAGACAGUGAAUUUUGUAAAAGGAGCAGGUUGAAAGUGAAGAUGAAUUUUAAUGCUAGUAGUUUUGAUUUGAGUCCAUUGAAAAGGGUGCCUAAUUUUCUGGAAUACCGGGAGGAAGAAAUGAUGAUCAUUUACAAAAACAAUGGGCUCUUCUGUCUGGACAAUGAAGCUCCAUGUCUCCUGGAGAGAAAGAACCCAAGUUCCAAAGGAAUCACCUCUGAAGGUCACCAUUCUGUAACCCUGUGCCCGGAGGUAGAAAGGGAUGAGAGCUAACCAGGACGCGGUUUUGACAGCCACAUGUCCUGACUCUUGAUCUGUGCAAGGGCCCGCUGCAGAUGGAUGCUUUAGAGGAGGUUACCUGCUGGGAGGACCAAGGAAGACACUUAAGAACCGUUCUGUUCUGACCUUCAAUAAACUCAAUUGUUAGCUCAGUGUCUGUGAUGAUUAAGAAAUGACAGUACCUUUCCCCAGAAGUUUAUUUUCCUCUGAAGUUAAAAGCAUCACCAAAGGAUCCAUAGAAAUGGUGAUUUUACUGGGUGCCUGUCUCAGUUCAUUUGGUUUGUGACUAAAUUCUUUCUGCUCAGGUACCACUGAAAUUGAGUCUUAAGAUAGUGUCUCGUUCCAUAUACAUUAUCUGCCUUAUUCCCCUGAACAGUUAUCCAGUCUCUUAAAAUCUUUCCUUCAAUCUACACAAGGUUCCAGGUAAAAACUCAAUAAAGUAAAAAAAAUAUUGUGAGAAAUUUUAGAAAAAUGUAUACAAAUGGAGAUAAUUGUUUAAGAAACCUGCAUUCAGUUUCAAUAAUGAAAACAUGGUCUGUCUUACUUUACCUAUUGCUACACAGUUCUCAACCAUAACAAAAUGUAGAAGCAGCUCUUAGAGAUGUUUCCAAAGAUUGUCUUUCCAGAUGGUGGACAGUAGCCUCCUUUUUCUUUCCCUGUCCUUGGAUGGGAAUAGCAAUUCCAAAUACUUCACAAAUAGUUCCUUUGAAAGAGCCUCUUCCUGGUUGUACAUGACUGUAACCCCUCCAACCCCCUGGAGGCUGAUGCAGGAUUCCAAGUUGCAGGCCAGCCUCUGGGAA